AUGAAUUGUCCUGCUCAACAUGAAUUAAUCAAUGUCCAGACAUCACCUAUAAUACGUGACUGGAUUCAAGAUGCAGAAACUGAAAUUUCUACAAUCCACUUGCGUACUGAUCAAACAGUUAAUACUUCAUUAGCAACUACAAACAAUUUGAGGUUGCAAAAAUACUGUGAAUUACGUACAGCAGCUUUUGAAAUAAAGAAGAAAUUGAUUCAAAGGACUGAGAAAUUGGAGUCUGCAUUGGAAGAAGUUGCUCGACUUCGCAGUGUUAUUCAACAAGAUAAAGAACGUGCUAAUAUUACACUUAAAGAAGUUGAAGAUUUGCGUGAACAGGUUAUUCGAAAAAAUCGAAAAAUACAGAACCUCGAGGCAAAAGUAGCUAAACUGCACGCAUCUUCAUCUGCAAAAAAUGAUAUCAUACUUUCAAAGACUCGGUCACCUUGUCAUACCCUGUCAGAUCAAGAGAAUCCUCGAGGCCCAAUUUUCGCCAUACAGAUCAAAUGA